AUGAUAUUUUGUUAUAAGCUAUAUUAAUAGUGCAUUCUUAUAUGCUAAUGGUGUGGUAGACCAAAAAAGAAGUCAAAAUCACAAAAAUAAAUUUUUGAAUUGCUUGCUAAUAAUAACAUCAAUCUUUAAAAUAACAAUUGCCCUAACUCAAAUGAGAAGUAUAUUAUCUACCUUAUAAAAAAUAUAAAAAUUAAAGCCACUCAAAAUGAGUUAUUAUUUCAUUUAAAUAACCAAGAAAAUUAAGAAGGUUUAUAAGUAGAAUAAUUUUUUCAUUACAAAGUUGAAUACGAUUAAGACUAUAAUCCAAAAUUUUAUUGUUAUGAAGGUGAAAUGAAAAAUUCUGAUCGUCAUGGAUAUGGUAUAUCAUAUUAUGGGAAAUCAGAAGAAAUAGAAUAUGAAGGGAAAUGGUUUAAUGGAUAAAAGGAGUAAAUUAAAAAAUUUGAUUAAUAAAGAAUUUAAGAUUCUAAAUUCUUUCAUCAAAAGAUAAAAAUAAUGGAAAAUGGAGUAUUAAUUAAUAAUUUAUUCAAAGGAACAAAUUAGAAUCAAACAUCUUCAAGAUAAAUUUGGAUUAAAUUUAAUUAAUAAAUAUCAUAACUGGAUUUAAGAAUCUUAUAAUAACCAUAAACUUAUUUCACAAGUAAUAUUAUUGAUGCAUAUGCAUCUUAUUUAACAAUUAAAAAUGAACAAGAUUUUUUUCAAGGCUUUAAUUAAACUAAUAUUAAAAGAAAACUAUUUUUACCAAGUUCAUUAUUUACAAAUAUGUGGUAAAACAAUAAUUCCAUAUAAAAAAGAAUCUUUUAAAAUUAUCUACUAGAAUAUAAAUAUAUAGAUUAUUAAAUAAUAGAUAUUUAUUAAUCAAUAUAUUUUGUGAUUAAUUAAGAGUUUCAUUGGUAUUUGGUUAAAAUAAUGAAGGAAAAAGUUAUAAAUGAAUACAUAUAUAAAAUAGAAAUAUUUGACUCCAUUAGACAUUACGAUUGGUAUUAUAAAAGAAUGAUAAAAAUAUUAUCUACAUUAUUUAAUAAUUUAAAGUAAGUGUAUGUUAAUUAUAAUUUUAAUUAUUUAUAGAAAAAUACUUAUGAUUGUGGUCCUUGGACUUGUUUAAAUAUGAAACUUGAAUAUUUAGAAUCAAUUUCAAUCUAAGAAAAAUGUCAAUAUAAUGAUAUUAAUGUGGAAGCAAUUAAACUAGAAUUAUUUAAUCUCUUAAAAAAUACAUGA